AUGCUUGCAAUCAAAUUGAAAAUAUGUAUUUCUUUAAUUUUCCCUGCUCUCUCUGUCUCACUCACACUCUCCCUUUCUCUCUCUCUCUCUCUCCCUCUUUGUGUCUAUUCUUACCUAUCUAUCUAUCUAUCUAUCUAUCUAUCUAUCUAUCUAUCUAUCUAUGCCAGUCUCUUCUUUCCGAUCUAUCUAUCUCAACGUUUUCAUUCAUAUCUUUUUGCUAUCUAUCUAUUUAAAACAUCCGAUAUCAUUUUGUUUGUUUUAUUUAUAUUACUCUUUCAUUUUUAUACCCAUUUUUUUUGCUUUCUUUCUUUAUUUAUUUUUCCUUCGUUUCUUACAUCCGUUCUUUCUUUCUAUUUUCAAUUAUUUCAUUUUCUUUCUUUCUUUCUUUCUUUAUUUAUUUUAUUUUAUUUAUUUAUUAUUUCUUCAUCCAUAAUCACUUUUUUUCUUGUUUACACUCGUUUUAAAUUUUCUUUUUUUCUUUCCUUCUUUCUUUCUUCUUUUCUUUCUGUUUUUCUUCUUUCUUUCUGUUUCUCUAUCUUUCUUUCAUUCUUUCUUUCUUUCUUUCUUCUACUAUUUCCUUCGGUUAUUCAUCUUUUCUUUCUUUAUUUAUUCAUCCAUUCCUUAUUUCUUUUCUAUUCUUUUUUUUUCACUAUUUAUUUCUUUUAUUUUCCUUAUUCAUCUUAUUUCGUUCUUUCUGUGUAUUUUUGUUGUUGUUCUUUUCUUUUUUGCAAAUUUCUUUCAAUUCUCCAUAGAUUUAUUUAUUCAUUCCUUUGCUAUUUUUCUCGCCGGACACAUUCUCCUCUAUUUCUUCAUCAUUUAAUCAUAUUCUACUCUUCUGUGCGUAGCUUUUAUCUUCCUUUUUUCUAUUUUCAUUUUCUAUUCUCUUUUCUUUUUCAUUUUCUAUUUCUCUUUUUCCUUUUUAUCUUUUUCCUUUCUUUUUGUUAUUCUUUUCCUUCCCUGUUUCUUUGUCUACUUCCUCCAUUUUCAACUUUUCUCUCGAUUUUUUAUUUUUUAUUUUUCCUAAUUUCUUUUAUUUCAUUCAUCGCCUUAUUUAAGACAUUAUGCCAUUGUUUCUUUCAUUUUCGUUUACUUUUUCAUCAAUCCAUUUCUUUGCGCUUAUUAUCUUUUUUCUUUCUUUUUUCCUUUUUUGUUAAUUUUCUCGUUUUUCUUCUCUGUUACUUUGACAUUUCACUCUUUUCUGUCUUUUUAUUAUUUCUUCUUCGAUCAGUUUCUUUCUUUCUUCAUUUUUCUUUCUUCUUUCCUUUUAUUCUUUCUUUCUUGAUAGCAUUCUUUCUUUCGUUUAUUCAUUCUUCCGUUCUUUCUUUCGUUGUUUAUUUCUCUUUUUUCUUUCGUUCGUCCGUUCUUUCUUUCUUGCUUGCUUUCUUUCCUUCGUUAGUUCAUUCGUUCGUUUAUUUCGUUUUUCUAUUUCGUUCUUUCUUUUCUUCUUUUUUCUUUCUUGACUUCUUUCAUUUCUUUUUUUCUAUCGUUCUUUAUUCUUCUUUUCUUUCUUUAGUUCUUUCUUUCUUUCAUCCCCUUUGCCCUUCUCAUCAAUUCUUCGACCCGAUUCUUCAAUAUUUCUCAUUCAUAAUGGUUUUAUCACUUUCUCUACAUUAUUCUUUUUCUUAA